AUGCCGUAUCUGAAAACAAAUGCGACAUCCUGCCCGUCUUCCACUGGUUGCCACGAUUGCCACAACCAGAAGCAGGACGGCUCUCCGGAUGCUUUCGAAAAGCUUGUGGAAGAGCUCAGUGCAGCUCUUGGUCCCAGUUCAGGACUCGACUCUGACGAUGUCGAUCCGUUAGACAUCCAGCGCCUGAUGGAGAAAUAUACCUCCAAUGAGGCUGAAUGGGGUCGCUACGCAUUCGGUGAUCCGAGCAAGACGUAUACUAGGAACUUGGUUGACGAGGGAAAUGGGAAGAGCAACCUGCUCAUUCUUGUCUGGACUCCCGGUAAAGGCAGUGCAAUUCACGAUCAUGCCAAUGCCCACUGUGUCAUGAAGGUUCUCAAAGGGUCGCUCAAAGAAACCCUCUACGCAUGGCCCGAGAAGGAGAAGGUUGCAAAUGGCCAAGAGUCGCCCCUGAAAGUCACCAAAGAGACAGUGUAUCACGAAAACCAGGUCACCUACAUGUCCGACAAACUCGGGCUCCACCGGAUAUCCAACCCAGAUCCCAACAACUUCGCUAUUUCCCUUCACCCUACAUGCACUGACACAAGAUUUCCUCUAGUCUAUACUCCUCCGAACGCCGCUAACUACGGAUUCUGUAUCUUCGAUGAGAAGACGGGCAAGUCGCGGCACAUCAAGCAGUGCGAGUUCUACUCCCGGAAGGGAAAAAAGCUUUAA